UGCGCCACACCGGAUCCCCCGGUGAACGGCAUGCUGUCGUGUAACGUCACCAACGACAAGCAGAUGUGCUUCCCGACCUGCCGCAAGGGCUACCAGUUCGCCACGCCCAUCUCCCAGUCCUACGUCUGUGACUCCACGUCCGGACAGUGGUCGCCAGCCGGCGGGUUCCCGGAGUGUAUCCCGGAGAUGCUGCCUGCGGUCACUCCCGGCAAGAGCAUGGCUCCAGUGGUCGCCGGUGUAAGGCACAGGACCUACAUCUCGGCACAGGCUGGCAUGUGUACAACCUGGGGACAGCACCAUUUCCGCACAUUUGACGGGCGCAUCUUCAACUUCAAGGGCACCUGUUCUUACGUGCUGGCAAAGGACUGCUUUGACCUCACUUUCAGCAUCCAUGUACACAACGACCGCCAGUGCCGGCCUGCGACCAAGUGUCAGCGUAGCGUGACAGUGUUCCUGGGACAGGAGACGCUGGUCAUGAGGAACGACGCUGAGGGGCCAUCGGUGUAUCACGGCGAGGACAAGGUCAAGAUUCCCACCAACAUGUUUGGAACCGUCAUCGAGAAGGUUGCGGGAUUCGUAAUGCUCCGAAGCGGUCUCGGUUUCAAGAUUGAGUGGGACGGAGAAGAGGCCAUCUUCGUUUGGGUGUCAGAACCACUGUUUGAUAAGACUUGUGGUCUGUGUGGUCGUUGGAACAGAGAUCCUUCCGAUGACUUCACUGACAUCCACGGCAACGUGGCAUACUCCCUUGCACAGUUUGCCAACAGCUGGAAGAUGCCAGACAGCUUCUCCGACUCUUGCCCAGAUGCCUCCACUGACACCUACUGUCAGUCCAACACAGAGGAGAGGUACGCUCGCUCCAUCUCUGCCAUCAACGGCUGCAGUUAUCUCAUGAACACUGCCUGCACUGAGAUGGUGGAUCCGAACCCGUACUUUGAGGCUUGUAAGGAGGACAUCUGCUUUGGUGCUUCUAACCGUACGUCGUUGGAGUGUGACUCCAUGGAGGCUUACUUCCGCGAGUGCACACGUCAGGGUAUCAGCAUCGCCUGGAGGGCCCCAGACCGCUGUGGUAUGACCUGUCAGAAUGGCAUGGUGUAUGACCCCUGCGGUAGCUCCUGCCCCCAGACCUGCUACUCCCACACCUACGACUGUGUGGAUAACCACUGUGUGGACGGCUGUCACUGCCCCAGCGGGACCUUCCUGCACAACAACCAGUGCAUCCCACGUGAGGAGUGCCCCUGUCAGUACCGUGGUACGGAGUACGCACCGGGGUCGCGUAUCCAGCAGGACUGCAACCAGUGCUACUGUCUGAACGGAAAGUGGAGGUGUACUGAGGAACAGUGUGAAGCCGUGUGCUCCACCACUGGAUACCGUCACUACACCACCUUUGAUGGGAAGCAGUAUGACUUUGCUGGAGACUGCAGCUACACCCUGCUGAUGAGUAACCCUGACAUGCGCCUGGCUGAGACCUACAAUGUCAUCGUGGAGAACCAUGACUGCAACUCUGGAUUCUGCUACCGUUCUGUGCUCAUCAAGACUCAGGGCUCUACUCUGAAGAUGACCACAGGCCACUCCCUGAUGCUGAAUGGAGGAUAUGAGAUCACCUCUCUGCCUUAUGCUGCCCCAGGAUUCUACGUUGAGAGGGUUUCUUCACUCUUCCAGAAGGUGACCCUUGACAAUGGACUGAAGAUCUUGUGGGACGGCAGUAACAGGGUUUACGUGGUGGCGACCCCUGACCUGAUGGGCACCAUGGUGGGUCUGUGUGGUAACUUCAACAACCAGCAGUUUGAUGACUUCUACACACUCAGCAAGGACAUCGAGUCACAUCACGUCGCCUUUGCCAACAAGUGGAAGGUUGAGGAGCUGUGUCCUGACAUCUCCAUGCAAGAGGAGUCCCAUCCCUGUGACAUGUACACUCAGCGUAGGCUGACAGCAACAGCAAAGUGUGCUAUCCUGAAGAAAGAACCCUUCAGGCAGUGCCAUGAGGCUGUGAAUUUCAAGGCCUACUACGACAACUGCAUGUACGAUGUGUGUGCCACUGAGGUGAACUCAGGUAUCAGCCCGUUCUGUGAUGCUCUGGCUGACUACGCACACAUGUGUGCCAAGCAAGGAAUUGUGCUGGACUGGAGAAGCCAAGUGACCGAGUGUGAGCUGCAGUGUACUGGUUCCCUGGUCUACAAGUCCUGUGGUAAGGCUUGUCGCACCUCCUGUGGUGCCCUGGCCCAGAACCACGACUGUGAGGAACACUGUGUGGAAGGCUGCAUGUGCCCUGAUGACCUGGUGCUGGACUAUGACGGUCACUGUGUCCCUGUGGAGCAGUGUGUGUGUCUGUACCAGGGACAGGCAUUCAAGGCUGGAGACACUGUCAUGCAGGAGUGCAACAUCUGUGAGUGCCACAAGGGUCAGUGGAUCUGCACUGACAACGAGUGCCCACAGGAGGAGGAGUGCCCUCCCCACAUGGAGUGGACAAACUGCAAGAGCAACUGUCCUCGCACCUGUAGCAACAUGCAUAUGCCAUACCUCAGCUGUCCAAGGGGCAAGUGUAUUGCUGGCUGUGAGUGUAACAACAUGACAGUGUGGGAUGGUGCUAACUGUGUCACUCCCAGUGACUGCCCAUGUUACCACGGUGGUCGCAGCUACCACGAUGGAGAGACCAUGAUGGUGGACUGUAACACUUGCACCUGCUCUGGCCGUACCUGGACAUGUGAGAACAACGAGUGCCCCGGUAUCUGCUCAGCCUACGGAGACCCUCACUUCAAGUCCUUCGAUGGUCGCCAGUACGACUUCCAGGGCGAGUGUGAGUACGUCAUCGCCAGGAGCACGGGUAACAACGCCCAGCAGUUCUCCAUCUCGUCUGAGAACAUCCCCUGUGGUACCAGCGGUGUCACCUGCACCAAGUCCAUCAUCUUCACCAUCGGAGAGGGAGACAGUCAGAAGACACUGACACUUGUCAGGGGACAGGAUGUGCCAAAGGAGAGAGACACACCAUUCCAAGUGGCCCAAGUUGGACUGUACGUGUUUGUGCGUACAGACAUCGGUGUCACUCUGCAGUGGGACAGGGGCACACGUGUCUACAUCAAGUUGGAGACAGUGCACAAGGGCAAGGUGGAAGGUCUGUGUGGUAACUACAACGGAGACCAGCAGGAUGACUUCCUUAUGCCUAACGGCCUGACAACAGAGCUGGAGACAGAGUUUGGUAAUGCCUGGAAGAUCCAUGACUACUGUGCUGAUGCUGGAGUCAUCAAGGACACCUGCACUCUCCACCCACACAGGAAAGCCUGGGCCCAGAGGAAGUGUGCCAUCAUCAAGUCUGAGCUGUUCAGGACCUGUCACUAUGAGGUGCCCUACCAGGACUACUACGAGCGCUGUGUGUUUGAUGCCUGUGGCUGUGACAGUGGUGGUGACUGCGAGUGUCUGUGUACCUCUGUCGCCACCUACGCCCAGGAGUGUAACCUGCACGGUGUGCACGUGCACUGGAGAAGCCAGGAAUUCUGCCCCAUGCAGUGUGGAGGCUGUACCAGGUACAACCCCUGUCUGAGCGCUUGCCCUCUGACCUGUGCCAACCACAAGCACUGGGCCACCAUCCAGUCCGAGUGUCGCGACAUGUGUGUGGAGGGCUGCGACUGUCCUGAGGGCAAAUACAUGAACGAGGAAUACGAGUGUGUGCAUGAAGAGGAGUGUACCUUCUGUAUCACCCUGGAUGGUGUUCCUUAUGAUGAGGGAGAGAAGAUCCUGUCCAUGUCUGAUGACUGCAGGAGUUGCUACUGUGUGAACCAUGAGGUUGAGUGCCUUGGUCUGCCAUGCCCAAGAGAGACCUCCACCCUGUGGAUCCCCACCAGCACUACUCUGACCCAGCCCCCAGCGAUCACCGUGUGCACAGAGUGCAACGAGGGGUGGACAGACUGGAUGAAUGCUGGAUACCCCAACAGUGUCAACGGUGGAGACUACGAGACCUUCAGCGUGCUGCGUCGCCAGUACAGCUUCUGCCUUGAUCAGGAGGUGGUUGAUGUUGAGUGUCGUGUGGCAGAGUAUGGUACACCCUACAACCAGGCAGGACAGAAUGUGAAGUGUGAUGUCCUGAAUGGACUGACCUGCAACAACAAUGAGCAGUCACCUGUGCCAGAGUGCUAUGACUAUGAGAUCAGGUUCAAGUGCCAGUGCAUGGAGGGCCAUGAUGAGGUGUGUGUGACCACCAAGUCUCCAGUGUCCACCAGCGAACCAGAGUGUCCUCCCGAAAAGCUGGUGAAGUGUGCCUUCAAGUGUCGCCAGACCUGUCAUGCCUUCCGCCUGACCCGUGCUGAGUGUACCUACGGCUACGACGACACCUGUGUGCCAUACUGCGGAGAGUUCCAGGGCUGCCCUGAAGGCUAUGUGCUGCGUGGACUUGAUGAAUGUGUGACAACUGAAGACUGUCCAUGCAGGAAGGAAGAUGGCACUGUUGUCCCGCCUGGUACAUCCUGGAAGGAGGGUGAAUGUAAGAUGUGCCAGUGUUGGAACAACAAGCUGAAGUGUGAGGACAUCUGCGGCUCUUCUGUCACCAUCAGCAAGACUUCACAUGGCUUUGCCCUGUGUGACAGCUGCAUUGACAUCAUCUCCCGUAAGGUGAGUGAUGACUGGAAGCUGCUGUGCAUGGCUCUGGGCUGUGAUGCUAAGACCAUCUCCCGUGUGGAAGUGGAGAGUAGCGGUGACUCCUUCGUCUGCUGUUCCACCAUGCUGAAGCAUUGGCGUGACACAUGUGAUCUGGAGUAUGACAACAAGGUGGACGUGGUGUGCCGUGCCUUGGAGCACUGCGGCUAUGCCGACUGCGCCGUGGAGGUUCACGAGAACUUCCGCAUGGAGAAGACAAUCUGCAUGAGCGACGACAGCUUCAAGAUCAUUGCCAAGAUUGUGUCUGGUGAUUGGCUGGCCCUGUGCACCGCUUUGGGCUACAGCGAUGAUUUCACCAAGCAGAUCAUCAGCAAGUAUGACACUGAUUCGUACCUGUGCUGCUACCAUGCCUUGCUUACAUGGCGUGACACUUCAGACUAUGACUACGCACAGAAGGUGGAGCACCUGUGCUAUGCCUUGGACCUGUGUGGCUUCUACCAGUGCUCGCAAACUGUCAAGAGGGACUACCAGAAGGAAGUCGUGGUUGCCACAUCUCAGGUAUCUGUGGUGUCCACAAGCAGCUCAUCUGCCACAGUGUCCUCUACCAGCAGCAGUGUCAGCACUGGCAGCACUGAGCAUGUGUCAACAGGUGGAACUGCUGUCGUCACGUCUGGUGUAGUUACCAACUAUCAGACUGGUGGCACCCUGAUCUCGAGCCGCUUCACUGCUUCAAGCACUGGAGGAACUGUCACCAGUGGUCUGACGCUCUGCGACGACACAAUUGACUACAUCUCCACUAAGAUCACCACUGGUUGGACGUCCCUCUGUAUUGCCCUGGGCUGCAGUAGUGACGUUAUCCAGAAGGUACUGAAGGUGGGUGGUGAUGACAACGUGUACUGUUGCAGCUACAUGCUGAAGACAUGGAGGGACAAUGUUGACAUCGACUACACAACCAAGGUCCAGGUGCUUUGUGAUGCCCUCCGUACCUGUGGUUACACCAGCUGUGCCACCACCCUGGAGCACAAGUUCCGUACGGAGACCUGCAUCGCUCUGUGUGACCACCAGUUCGACAUCUACAGCAGGCUCAUCAGCCAUGACUGGAAGGCCAUCUGUAUCGCCAUGGGCUGUGAUGCUGACCUCAUGCACAAGAUUGAGACAGACUGUGGUCAUGAUGACUACCUGUGCUGUACAACUCUGCUGAAGACCUGGAGGGAUACCAUUGAUUGCACUUACCGUGAAAAGGUUGACAUCUUCUGCAAAGCCCUGGACAUAUGUGGUUACCAUGAUGUUUCCUAUGACUGUCGGGAGACCUACAAUCAUGAGAUCCUAUCUUCAUCUAGUGUUCACUUAACCAGUGGCACGGGUGUUCAAGUUACUGGUACAUCAGGCUUGGCUCUGUGUGAUGACACCCUGAAGAUCAUCUCUGUCAAAAUCUCCUCCAACUGGAAGAUUGUCUGUCAGGCUCUUGGUUGUGGAAUUGACUUUGUGCAGAAGAUUCAGCACAGUUGUGGUGACGACUUUAAUCUGUGUGCCUACACCAUGCUCAGGGAUUGGUGCGACUCUAUCGAUGUGUCCUACAGCGAUAAGGUUACGUACCUGUGUCAGGCACUGGACAUCUGUGGUUUUACUGACUGUGUGUCUAUCGUGCAAGACAAGUAUCGCACGGAAUGCAGCCUGGUGCUGUCUGAUUCUAAGAUCAGCCACUACUGUGACACCAUCAGCAGAGAUUGGAAGGCCAUCUGCAUUGCUCUGCACUGUGAUGAUGACUUCAUCACAAGGAUUGAGCAUGAAUGUGGCUCAGACCACCACUUGUGCUGCAACACAGCUCUGAGGCUUUGGCGCAACACUGUGGACUGCACCUACAAUGAGAAGGUGGAUCGCUUCUGCAAUGCCCUCAUCACUUGUGGCUACCUUGACCUUGCCACAGAGUGCAGGGACUACUGGCGUCAUGAGAUCUAUUCCACUGCUAAUGUCCAGACCAGCAGCAGCUCAACAAGUACUGUGGUCCAGACUGCAACCAGCAUUGGUGGUAAGGUGACCCAAGGAUAUGCCACAGGGUCAACAUCCACACAGCUGAUUGUGAGCACUGGAGGUACAACAACUGGUCUUGCUCUGUGUGAUGACACUAUCAAGAUCAUCUGUGACAAGAUUGCAGAUGACUGGACUUCGGUCUGCAUCGCCCUGGGCUGUAACGCCGACUUCAUCCAGAAGAUCAUGGAGGACUGCGGCUCUGACAACUACCUGUGCUGUAUCACCAUGCUGAAGCUUUGGCGUGACACCUACGAUCACGCCGACUACCACGUCAAGGUCAACGUGCUGAUCACGGCUCUGCGUACGUGCGGCUUCACUCACUGUGCCACCACAGUCUACGAGAAGUUCCGUACAGAAAGCAGCGUGGCCCUCUGCGACGCCCAGAUUGACAUCUACUGCAGAACCCUGCACGGUGACUGGAAGGCCAUCUGCAUCAGCUUGGGCUGCGAUGAUGACUUCAUCAGCAAGGUGGAGUAUGAAUGUGGCAGCGAUGACUUCCUGUGCUGCCACACUGCUCUGAAGACCUGGCGUGACACCAUCGACUGCAGCUACGCUGAGAAGAUCGACAUCUUCUGCGCAGCUUGCGAGGCUUGUGGUUACAUCCAGAUGGCUAAUGACUGCAGACAUUACUACCGCAAUGAAGUGUUCACAUCAGCAAGUGUCUCCACUCAGUAUACAACUGGAGGAUCCGCUAUCCAUGUAGUGGAUACUGGUGCCACCGCAACAAGUUCGACAGGCCUGGCUCUGUGUGAUGACACCCUUCGUAUCAUCUGUAAGAAGAUAACUGACUGGAAGCUUGUCUGCGUUACCAUUGGCUGCGACAAGAACCUUGUCACCAAGGUCGAUCAAGACCACCAUGGUGACUCCUACUUGUGCUGUUUCACAAUGUUGAAGCAUUGGCGUGACAGCACUACCAUCAGAUACGACGACAAGGUUACUACCAUGUGUAAUGUCCUGAAGACCUGCGGCUACACAGACUGCUCCGGUAUUGUUAUGGAGAAGUAUCGCACAGAAUGCAGUGUGGUUCUCUCUGACAGUCAGAUCCACAUCUACAGUAAGACCCUGUCAAGGAAGUGGAAGGACAUCUGCACCUAUCUGGGCUGCGAUGACGACUUUAUCAAGAAGAUUGUGGACGACUGUGGUACAGACAACUACCUGUGCUGCAGCACAGCCUUGAAGCACUGGCGUGACACUGUGGACUGCAGCUAUGCAGAGAUGAUUGACAUUUUCUGCUAUGCUUGUACCACCUGUGGUUACCAUGACAUCGCAACCGAUUGCAAGGAUAACUUCCGCCAUGAAGUCUAUGUCACGGCAAGCCUGUCAACGACACAUACUGUCAGUAGCAGCAGCUUCACAGGCACAGGUUCAAGCUAUGUCAGCCAUGUUGUGACCAGCAGCACUGGAGGGGAAUCAUCUGUGACAUCUUCCAUUGGAUUGGCCCUGUGUGACGACACUCUUCGCAUCAUCUGUCACAAGAUUGAUGACUGGAAGCUGGUCUGCAGACACCUGGGCUGUGAUGAUGCUUUUGUCUAUAAGUUCCAGCAGAUGUACAGAGAUGACACCUAUCUGUGCUGCUUCCAUGCUCUGAAGACCUGGAGAGACACCUUUGACAGCAGUUAUGAUGACAAGGUCAACCAUCUAUGCCUAACACUGCGCAACUGUGGGUAUGCUCAUUGUGCUGACACUGUAUAUAACAAGUAUCGCACCGAGCAUAGCUUUGCCCUGUGCGACAGCCAAAUUGAUAUCUACAGCCAUAAGAUGAGUCAUGAUUGGAAGGCCUUCUGCAUAGCUUUGGGCUGCGAUCACGACUUCAUCAGUAAAGUCGAGCAGGAAUGUGGUCAUGACAACUACCUGUGCAUCAGCACUGCCCUCAAGCACUGGCGUGACACGGUCGACUGCAGCUAUGCUGACAAGAUUGACUACUUCUGUAGUGCAUGUCAUGCAUGUGGCUUUACUGACAUUGCCGUGGACUGCAGAGACAAUUACAACAAGGAAACAUUUGUCACUGCUGGAUCUAGCAGCUUCUCCACAGGAGGAACAUCUGGCCAAUACGUCAGUGGAGGCGUCCUGGUGACAGGUUUGGCUCUGUGCGACGACACACUUCGUGUCAUCUGUCACAAGAUUGCUGACUGGAAGCUGGUCUGCAGACACCUGGGUUGUGAUGACGAUUUUGUUUACAAGAUCCAACACAAAUACCAGGACGACAUCUACUCGUGCUGUUUCCAUGCUCUCAAGACAUGGCGCGACACCUGCGAUGUCAGCUAUGAUGAUAAGUUUAACAUCCUGUGGAAGACACUGCACACCUGUGGAUAUUAUGACUGCGCCAACACCAUGUAUCACAAGUAUCGCACUGAGCACAGCUUUGCCUUGUGUGACAGCCAGAUCGAUGUGUACAGCCAGAAGUUGAGCCAUGACUGGAAGAACUUCUGUGUUGCUCUCAAGUGUGAUGAUGACUUUAUCAACAAGAUCGACCUUGAGUGUGGCGGUGACAACUACCUGUGCAUCAGCACUGCUCUCAAGCACUGGCGUGACACUGUGGACUGCAGCUACGAUGACAAGAUUGACCUCUUCUGCCAUGCUUGUGAUAACCGCGGUUACCAUGACAUUGCAGUUGUCUGCAGGUCCAACUUCCGCUACGAGUCGUAUGGAUUGGCUUUGUGUGACGACACCCUUCGUGUCAUCUCUCACAAGAUUGCUGACUGGAAGCUGGUCUGCACACACUUGGGCUGUGACGACGCAUUUGUCCACAAGUUCCAAGACCAAUACAAGGACGACACCUACCUCUGCUGCUUCCAUGCCUUCAAGACAUGGCGUGACACCUUUGAUACCAGCUACGAUGACAAAUACAACAUCUUCUGGAAGGCACUGCACGAUUGUGGAUAUUACGAUUGCGCCGACACCGUGUAUCACAAGUAUCGCACCGAGCACAGCUUUGCCCUGUGUGACAGCCAGAUUGAUGUGUACAGCCAUAAGCUGAGCCACGACUGGAAGUACAUCUGUGUUGACCUGAAAUGCGACGACGACUUUAUCAACAAGAUUGAGCUGGAGUGUGGCGGAGACAACUACUUGUGCAUCAGUACUGCUCUUAAGCACUGGCGUGACACUGUGGACUGCAGCUACGAUGAUAAGAUUGACCUCUUCUGUCAUGCUUGUGAUAACCGCGGUUACCAUGACAUUGCCGUUGUCUGCAGGUCCAACUUCCGCUACGAGUCGUAUGGAUUGGCUCUGUGUGACGACACCCUUCGUGUCAUCUCUCACAAGAUUGCUGACUGGAAGCUGGUCUGCACACACCUGGGCUAUGACGACACUUUUGUCCACAAGUUCCAAGACCAAUACAAGGACGACACCUACCUGUGCUGCUUCCAUGCCCUCAAGACAUGGCGCGACACUUUCGAUAUCAGCUACGAUGACAAGGUCAACAAGCUGUACCUGACUCUGCGGACCUGUGGAUAUUACGAUUGCGCCGACACUGUGCUCUACAAGUAUCGCACAGAAAACUGCUUCGCCCUGUGUGACCACCAGAUCAACAUCUACAGCCAUAAGUUGGCCGAUGACUGGGUGCACUUCUGCAAGGCUUGAACUGUGACGACGACUUCAUCA